AUGUUCUUUCGAAAGCAGCGGCACGCAAAGCCCGAACUAUAUCCCGACAGUCCCUCAAGUAGUCGCGACUCGACUAAGAGCUCGAGGAGCCUGUUUUCUCUGUCAAAGGCCCUGCCCAGGACGUCAAACACAUCGGACGGUCAAGCGGAGAGCGUAAAAGGCCCUCUUGGACUGAGUCUCCUAUAUUCCCCGACGGCACCGGAGAUCGACUUCAUCUUCGUCCAUGGCCUAGGCGGUAAUUCUAGAAAAACAUGGACCAAAUCGUCUCUGCGGUAUAAUUUCUGGCCAAGGGAGUGGCUCUCCAAAGAUCCCGCAUUCAAGAACGUCCGCAUUCAUAGCUAUGGAUACGAUUCGUACUACUUGAAAGGAAAAGAGGACUGCUUGAAUAUACACCACAUUAGCAAGUCAUUCCUAGGUGCGAUCAGCACUUCGCCAUGCAUUCUCAAUUCUGGAACACACAUCGUUGUCAUCGGCCACAGCAAGGGUGGCUUAGUGAUAAAGAAAGCAUAUAUCCUGGCUAAACAAGACGAAGUGUACAAGGCGCUGGCUGGGCGAUUCGCCGCAUUCUAUUUUCUCGCCACGCCGCAUCGAGGUGCCGAUUCGGCAAAGAUUCUGAAGAACCUCCUCAAGGUUGCAUACGACCGUGCUUAUGUUGGCGAUCUGGAACCAAAUUCUGGGGCAGUCCAAAAUAUGAAAAUGUUUAGCUCACUCAUCGUCGAUCCCGAGUCGGCCGUCCUCGGGUACCGUGAAGAGCAGCAGAUACCCAUGACUGCUGACCACCGCUCGAUAUGCAAGUUUGACACACCUGCAGACCCCAACUAUGCCGUCCUCCGAAACGCGCUCGCCUCUACUGUGAACAAAAUCACCGCGGCAAUUCCGGAGCUGAAACUGAAGCAGAGGCGUGAGAGAAUCAAAAAUCUCAAGAAGUACCUGAAAGUUCCCGACAUCUUAGACAAUGAUCUUACAAACGUCUGCGAAGCUCGGAUGCAUGGGACCUGCGGAUGGAUUUCGACCAAAGCCAGUCACGUCAAAUGGAGAGAUGGGGAAUCCGGAAAUGACAGGACACUAUGGAUAAAGGGCAAUCCAGCAACUGGAAAAUCUGUUCUCGCUGGCUAUGUCAUCGAUCAGCUCAAGGACUCUGGCCAGACAUGCAGCUACUUUUUCUUCAAACAUGGAGACAAGUCGAAGUCCAACCUAGGUUGUUGUCUCCGAUCUCUGGCUUUUCAGAUGGCUAGCUCUAAUAGCGAAGCUAGUGAUGCGAUUCUAGGAAUACAGGCGGAUGGUGUUUGCUUAGAUCGUGUCGACGAACAUACCCUCUGGAGAAUCCUCUUCCUUUCUGGCAUUUUCCAGGCCACAAUGACUCGGCAUUUCUGGGUCAUCGACGCCCUAGACGAGUGUUUCAAUCCUCCGGUCCUUUUAUAUGCCAUUAUUUCCAACAUGGACGAAUCUAUACCCCUGAGAAUUCUCAUCACAAGUCGUAUACGGUCGAUCUGGACCAAGGUCUCUCGUUUAUUGCACCCGACCUGGUCCAGUCCUUGCCAAUCUCGAUAA